UCCCUCUUUUUUUUUUUUUUCCCCUUAUGGGAAGGGGCAGGCGUUCUCAAAGGACCACGUGAAGAGAAGGCGGAAGAAGCUUCCUUACACUCCGCCUCCUCUGCCUCGAAGUCCGGAAAGCGAUCGUGAGAAUCGCCCCUUCAAGGAAGGGGGCAUGGCGGGGAUCAAAGCUUUGGUUGGUUUAUCAUUCACUGGAGUCAUUGGUUUGACAUUUCUUAUGUUGGGAUGUGCCUUAGAAACAUACGGUACCUACUGGCCAUUAUUUGUCUUGAUAUUUUAUGCCAUAUGCCCUAUUCCUCACUUUAUUGCAAGAAGAGUAAGCGAUGAUACAGACGCAGCAAGCAGUACUUGCAAGGAACUGUCAUAUUUUUUCACAACUGGAAUUGUGGUUUCUGCUUUCGGACUUCCUAUCAUUCUUGCACGUGUUGAAGUGAUCAAGUGGGGAGCCUGUGGCCUUGUGCUGGCUGGAAAUGCUGUAAUUUUUCUUACAGUUUUAGGCUUUUUUGUUCUCUUUGGCAGAGGAGAUGAUUUUACCUGGGAGCAGUGGUAGAAUUUACUGAGAUAUUAAUCUACAGUAUGUAUGUUACACAGGGCUUCCUUGAUCUUUGUUCAUUUACUUAUUAUUAUUGUAGUGUGUAUAUGGAUAUACUAUGUAUACAUAUGCACAUUAGCGUAUGAAUAAUUUGAUCAGUAUUAGCUUAACAUAAAGGACAUGUACCUUAUAUACUAGUACCUUUAUUUCAUGAGAUGCAAGUAAAUUUCCACAGUACUGGGGUGAAGUUUUUAGAAUGCAAGAAAAACUAUGCAAGUAAGGAUUAUUUUGUAAUAAUGGGGCGCUUUCUUCUGAGUUUUUGAAUUAGGAAUCACAUUUGCAAUUUGGCUUUAAAGCAGGAUAAUAAAAGAUAUUAAUUUAUCUUCAAGGUAAACACAUCAUAAUUCUUCAAUAUAAGCUGUUUACUGUUCAAAGAAUCAGCAUAUUAAAUCACCCUGGUUUCAUACAGUUUUAAGGAGCACUUGCCAGAUCAACUGAAUUUAGAGCAAAAAGCCAUCUAGAUAUCCUUUUAUCUUCUGCAUGAUUCAGAAAAUGGGACCCAAUCUUGUGUAUGCCUGGAUUGGAUCCAGAUCCAGAUCAGCGAACAGAAAAAUUACUUUCCUCCACUAGAAACUUCUUGUCCAGCAGAAGAACUCCACUUUUGCAAUAUAAAAAGAUGCAGCAAUCUUGCAAUGUUCUAGAACCGUGAUGGCGAACCUAUGGCACGCGUGCCACAGAUGGCACACGGAGCCAUAUCUGUGGGCACACAAGCCUUGCCCCAGCUCAGCUCCAGCAUGCAUGUGCACGCCAGCCAUCUGAUUUUUGGCCUUCCGGGCCUACCGGAAGUCAGGAAAUGGGCUGUUUCCGGCCUCCGGAGGGCCUCCAGGGUGGUGAGGAAGGACAUUUUCGCCCUCUCCAAGCUCCAAGAAAGCCUCUGGAGCCUGGGGAGGGUGAAAACAGGCCUACCAGUCCCACCGUGCCAUCACAUGCCAAAAGUGGGGAAAGCGCGGGGGGUCGCGCACACAUGCCAGGGGGUCGGGGCACGGGAGGGUAUUGCAUGUGGGCACACAUGCGCGCAAUCCCCCCAUGCUUCCCCCGCUUUUGGCACGUGACAGCAAAAAGGUUAGCCAUCACUGUUCUAGAAGAUUGAAGAGGUUUUCAGAACAUUGGGAGAGAAAUGCUUGGGUGGAUAGGUUGGACUAGAUGACCUACAAGGUUCCUUCCAACUCUGUUAAUCUGUUAAAUGCUCCCAUGGUCAGAAAACCUCUCAGGGUCAGAAAACCUGUUCCCAACUUAACAAUAUCGCUUUUUGAGAAUCCCAUGUAUUCCUUUAAAUAAAAAGCUAGUUUUUAUAAGAAGUUGCUAUACCAUGGAUACCUAUCUGGUAGUAGGUUUCGUUUAAUAUGAAGCAUAUUUCUGAGUAAAGAUGUGCCUUAUAAAUACUAAAUAAACACUUUGCUUUGGUCUCUGUUGUCCUUUAGAAAGCUACAGUGUAUUUUCCAUCCCCAAAUAAGUAGACAAUUUGUGUAGUAAAAUGAUCUUUAAGUUUAAUAAUGAUAACUUUUCAGUAGAUAUGAGACUUGUUUUUUUCCCUUUAAAAUAGGAAUGCGUUCUUUUGAAGAUGAGGGAAAUCUGUUUUGUUUGUUUCUGGUAUAAACUUAAAUCACUCCUAUGUUCCUGUGGGUAAAUUGUUUGAAACAAAAUUGUUAGGUUCAUAAAGAUUCACAAUAGCUUUAAGUAACAACCUCCAAUUUAGUCAUCCUACAACUGUAUGUAAGCAAAUGUACUGUAGUAGUUUUCAUUAGAUUAUAGAAAAGCAAAUUCAAAUUUGCCUCUCAGGCCUGGAAGCAGAGGUGAUAUUCAGCAGGUUCUGACCAAUUCUGGAGAACUGGUAGCGGAAAUUUUGAGUAGUUCAGAGAACCGGUAAAUACCACCUCUAACUGGCCCCGCCCCAUCUAUUCUAUGCCUCCCGAGUCCCAGCUGAUCGGGAGGAAAUGGGGAUUUUGCAGUAACCUUCCCCUGGAUUGGGGAGGGAAUGGAGAUGUUAUAGUAUCCUUCCCCUGCCACGCCACCAAGCCAUGCCCACAGAACUGGUAGUAAAAAAAUUUGAAUCCCACCACUGCCUGGAAGCCAUCAUUUGUAUUAUGGGGUCUAGGGAGAGAAUGUUUAAAUAAUUCCCAGGAAUUUCUCUAUGUUGAAAAGGAAUUUUUUUAAAACUACAAUAACCAAUGCAGUUUUGAGUAGUCUCUUUCGUUUUGGGGAACAUUGAACAUAAAGGAAUCUAUGUAGUUUAAAUAUCAUUAUAUAUACUCAUUAUAUUAUUUUGUUUCCUUGAUGCCCCCCCCCAAAAAAAUUUCCCUGCCAUUUCUGUACAGCCACUACAUCCAACUUAAUGGAAGGAACGCACAACCCUUUACACAUAUGUAUAAAAACUGCUUUGCUUUCAGGGUCUGAUUUUGAAAAAAAAAAGUUUAGCAUUUUCAGACUUGGUGCAUAUAAAAACUUUAUAAUGAUUUUAUAAUCUGUAUCAUGUGAAAUACUGAAAUAGUGCAAUAUGUUUGUGAUCUGAAACACAUAUCUUUGAUCUUUAAUAAAAUAAGAUUUUAACAUU